AUGUCGGAGAAACAGCAACACUCGACUCAGGAUCCUCCGCCUGCUAUACAAGCCCAGCAAGAACAUGCCUUGGGUGCCGCUGCAGCCGCUGUUCAAGAUGACCCCUACGAUCCUAUACAGCACCACCACCAUCGGCAUAGACCUCUUCAGGAUACCCAGCCUGUCGAGGACAUUCCACCCCCACCAUACGACGCUGACAGCUACGGCCACAUCGACAUCAAUCAGAAUGGACUCGAUACUGGCGCAAGAGUGGCCGACGAUGGCAGAGUCAAUAUCAAGAUCAACGAAAAGGGCCGCAGAGUGCGAGACAUUCUCGCGCCCAUGCUGGCUCGGCAGAUGACAGUGCCCUCAAAAGACGAAGCCGAGCCAGAUGUACCUGAAGGUCUAGGAGAUAUCGAUGGCCUGCCUCCUCCUACUAUGAACAUCGUUAUACAGAUUGUUGGUAGUAGAGGAGAUGUCCAGCCGUUCAUCGCUCUAGGUCAGGUGUUGAAGAAAAAAUACAACCAUCGAGUCAGGAUAGCAACGCAUCCAACCUUCAGACAAUUCGUCACCGACAACGAUCUCGAAUUCUUCAGUAUAGGAGGUGACCCUGCAGAGUUAAUGGCCUUCAUGGUAAAGAAUCCUGGCCUCAUGCCAGGAAUGGAAUCUGUAAGAGCUGGGGAUAUUGGUAGGCGGCGAAAGACAAUCUAUGAGAUGAUCAACGGUUGCUGGAGAUCGUGUAUCGAAGCUGGUGAUGGUACUGGCGUUUCUGCCUCCGACGAACUGCUCGAAAGCCGCAGUAUCGAUAGUGGUGUAUCAUUCGGCGACGAUUUGAACAAGCCAUUCGUCGCUGAUGCCGUUAUUGCUAACCCUGUAUCCUUUGCUCACAUUCAUGUGGCAGAAAAGCUAGGAAUACCACUACAUCUCAUGUUCACCAUGCCAUGGUCGCCGACCCAAGCCUUCCCACAUCCACUAGCGAAUAUAUUGUCGUCUAAUACAGAUCAAAGUCUAGCCAACUACAUAUCUUACGUUCUGGUUGACAUGCUCACGUGGCAAGGCUUGGGCGACCUGAUCAACAAGUUCCGAGAACGAGUACUGCAUCUGGAGCCUGUGAGCAUCAUCUGGGCCCCUGGUAUGCUCGCGCGUAUGCAUAUACCGUGGACAUACUGUUGGUCACCUGCAUUGAUCCCGAAGCCGAAAGAUUGGAACAACAAGAUUGAUAUCUCGGGCUUUUUCUUUCUAAAUCUGGCCACAAACUACACGCCCGCCCCAGACCUGGCGGCUUUUCUCGAAGCUGGUCCGCCACCAGUCUACAUUGGCUUCGGCUCCAUCGUGGUCGACGAUCCAAAUGCUAUGACCAAGAUGAUCUUCGAAGCCGUAAAGAAGACGGGUCGGAGAGCUCUAGUUUCAAAAGGGUGGGGAGGCCUCGGAGCCGAUCAAUUAGGCAUUCCUGAAGGUGUCUUCAUGCUUGGCAAUGUUCCACAUGACUGGCUCUUCAAGAAAGUGGCCUGUGUCGUCCAUCAUGGAGGAGCCGGUACAACAGCAGCUGGCAUCGCGGCUGGCAGACCGACAGUCGUGGUGCCCUUCUUCGGCGAUCAGCCAUUCUGGGGCGCCAUGACCGCCAAAGCAGGAGCAGGCCCAAUGCCCAUUGCCUACAAAGAGUUGACGUCAGACAAGCUAGCAGAUGCCAUCAAAGAGGCGCUCAAACCUGCAUCCCUUGAACGUGCAGCAGAACUCAGCGCCAAGAUUAAGGAAGAGACAGGUGCUGUUACUGGUGCAGAGUCUUUUCACAAACAGAUAGCGGUCUGGAGAGUACGGAGAACUGACAUCCGUCUAUCUGCCCUGGCAGCGACAGUGCUCGGCAACGCUGGACUCCUAAACUUCGAAGACCUCAAGCUAUACAGACCCUGCGAAUACCAUGUUGAUCAAGGACCACCCGAGCCCAUUAUUGGUGGCGCUGCAGCUCUGAUUGGAACACUCUCUGAGAUGGGUGCAGGUGUAGCUGAUAUGCCUGUGGAGAUCUUGAAAGCCAUGAAAUUUGGGGAGUACAAGAAGAAAGAUAUGGGCAAUCCUCCGGACACCAAUACACCUUCUGAGUCAUUAGCACCUCCUCCACAAUCGGCGAGACAUUCUCGAUCUCCUUCCAUUUCCGAUAGUAAACGUGAACAGCUGGACAACGUGAGCGAAACAGAGGACCCGACUGAUUCUGGGUAUACGUCGCCAUCCGUUCAGUCACCUGUGCCACAAAUAGUACAGCCACAAUCGAUGUCGGCAGUCUUUAGCCCCGACGGUACUCCAAAGCGUCGAUGGUCACUAUCAAGGAGUCCAUCCCGAAGCCGGUCAGAAUCACGCGACGAUAGGAAGGACACCAUACGAGACUGUUCGCCAAGCAAGAGUGAGAUGAAACAGAUGGGCCUUGAAUCGAUUCUUGGAGCAACAAAGGCUGGUGGACACAUCGUCAAGGCUGGUCUGAAAUCUCCCAUGGACUUCACCAUGUCUCUGGCUCAAGGAUUUCACAACGCGCCGAAGUUGUAUGGUGAUAAAACAGUAAGAAAACCGGCCAGGGUUACAGAUUUUCAAUCUGGUCUUAGAGCCGCAGGCAAGGAGUUUGGCUACGGUUUUUAUGAUGGCAUUACAGGCUUAGUCACUCAGCCGAUCAAGGGCGCAAGAGAAGAGGGCUUUGCGGGUCUUGCCAAAGGUGCUGUUCGAGGCGCUUUCGGCCUUGUCCUUAAGCCAGGUGCUGCUAUCUGGGGCCUGCCAGGCUAUUCAUUCAAGGGUAUCUACAUGGAGCUAACAAAGCAUUUCGGUAGCUCUACACAAAAUUACAUCAUCGCGGCUCGUACAGCACAGGGCUAUGAUGAAUGGAAAGUUAGCAGCGCUGGGGAUAGGGAAAGAAUCAUCGCGGCCUGGAAAGGCUCGAAAUUGAAGACAAAGCGAGGUAAACAAAAAUAUGGCCAGGAGCGCAUGAAUGAGAUAGAAUCUCACAUACUCGAGCCCACACCAAGUCACGAACACAAACAACUCGUAAGUGGCUUCAAGCAUACAAAGAAUCUCAGUUUCGACGAGCGCAAGGAACUCGACAAGCGCCGACAGAAACUCAAGAAAGCAGAGAAGGACAAGACGACCCCACAAAAACGAGGCUCGCUUUUGGGAUACCGACAUGUCCCAGGCGACCCACGUGAUGCCGGACCACCAGUGCAUAGGUCCUCAGCGGACCUGUUAAGCGCGCAGGAGGCGGACUUUGAGGAGGCAAUUGCGAGGUCAGUAUCGCAAACGAGCCGGGGGAAUCCUCAAGAAGAUGCCGUGAUUGAACGUGCACUACGUGCCAGUGUCAAAGCUCUCCAGAAUAAUCCUGAACCUGUGACUGACGACAAUGAGGAAGAAAUAUUCCAACGAGCCGUGCAGGCCAGCGUCGAAGAGGCUGAAAGAGCACGACGAGAAUUGACUUCGCAAGUCACUGGCAGCACACAGUCACCAUUUGACGAGCACGAAGAUCGAGCCAUUCUUGAGAGAGCGCUAUCGCAAAGUCUUGAGGACCAUCAUGGUGGUGGUCGACGAAUCGGAAUGGUAGACAAUGACUUGGAUACAGACGAAGAUGAGGAAUACAGGUUGGCACUCGAGGCGAGUCGACAAGAGGCAGAUCAUGCUGGAAGUAAGCAGCGUCCUGUGCCACCUAUCCUGGCCGAUAGCGUUAAGACUACAAGUACGAAGUAUGACGAUAACGAUGAGAACGACGAAGAGCUACUGAAAGCAAUGACCUUGUCGGAGCAGGAGGGUAAAGAGCGUGAAGCUGCACUUGCGAAGCAACGCACGGAAGAGGACAUUGUCAUGGAGUAUAUUAAGAAGCAGAGUCUGCUGGAAGAGGAGCAUCGGCAGAAGAUGCAACGACAGUGA